AUGCUAUUCACAUUCAUUAUUCUCAAACAGAUCUCCCCAAAAGCUAUACGUGGUCUCCUUAUACUUCAGUACGCCGCCUGUCAAAUGGUAGGCGUCGCCUUCGGCUUGUUCAUCAACUACGGCGUGGCCAAAUCAUAUACAGGAACCAACAAACACAAUGGAUGCUCCCCACCCUUCUACAACUCGUCCCAGCAACAAUCUGGGAUCAGACACUUACCUGCCGACCACCCUUUGAUCCUCUCAGAAAUCAAGGCCAUAGAAAUCCAAAUCCUACACGAGGUCGAACCCGACUCACCCACUAUCUUUGGAUAUCUCGGCGUCAAGGGCACCGAGUCCACCCUCCUCGCUCCUGGAAUAUACGCGAUUGUGAAAUUCGUCAGUACGAUGCUAUUCGGUAUCUUUGUAAUGGAUUUUAUCGGACGCAGUCGCUCGCUCAUGACGGGCAUCUGUCUACAGAUAGUCACACUCGCGUAUUACCAAGGCACACCAUGUGCUUCACGGGCAUCCACAGGUGCGAUCGUCGCCAUAUAUUUCCAGGCUGUUGCGUGGAGUAUCGGUCGGUUCAGUAUUCCAUAUGUCCUGGGACCUGAGAUUUUCCCUAUUCCCAUUCGGUCCCUGAAUAUGUCGAUUUCAAUGGCGUUUCAUUGGUUAUUCUAUUUUGCUUCUUCGCGGGAAACGUCUAGUCUACUAGCUGCGAUGGAGAAAUGGAGUGCUUUUGUGUUCUAUGGUUUUAUUUGUACGGUGUUCUUUGCCAGGCUGGAUACUACAGGAAAAUCAAUUGAAGCUCUAGCUAGUCUGUUCCGACGCCCUUGGUAUACUGUCUGGAGAGUGGCAUACCCGACUGCAAACGAAAAGCAAGAGGUGACGGAUGACCCGAAGUCGAAUGUUGAUCAUGUUGAGAAGGUGUGA